CCCAUCAUUGGUAUUAGUGGAAGGAAUAGUGUCCAAUCAUUGGUUUCAGUAGGAAGAAUAGUGCCCCAUCAUUGGUGUAAGUGGGAGGAAUAGUGUCCCAUCAUUGGUAUUAGUGGAAGGAAUAGUGCCCCAUCUUUGGUAUAAGUGGAAGGAAUAUUGUCCAAUCAUUGGUGGCAGUAGGAGGAAUAGUGCCCCAUCAUUGGUGUCAGUGGGAGGAAUAGUGCCAAACCAUUGGUGUCAGGGGGAGGAAUAGUGCCCCAUCAUUGGUGUCAGGGGGAGGAAUAGUGCCCCAUCAUUGGUAUCAGUGGGAUGAAUAGUACCCCAUCAUUGGUAUCAGAGGAAGGAAUAGUGCCCCAUCAUUGGUGUCAGAUGGGAGGAGUUGUGCCCCAUCAUUGGUAUCAGUGGAAGGAAAAAUACCCCAUAGUUGAUGCCAGUGGAAGAAAUGGUGCCUCCUUGUUGGUGUCAGUGGGAGGAAUAGUACCCCGAGGGACGGAGAGAGGCAGGAAAAGGGCUGCAUGCAGCCCACGGGUUGCAGUUUGG